AACAUUUCGCGCGAAAACCGUCCGAGCCUUGUUUAGAUGUAGAUCAGCUGGGACAAUAACAACAAUAAUAGCCGAUUACUGGGUCGGACGGGGUCGCAAUGGGGCUUUUAUAAAUGGACCGCGCCCGGUGUGAGCAACUGACGGCUCAGCAACUACUGUUUUAAAGGAUUCACGUGAUUUUACCGGUUUAUUUUCUUAUGUUUUCAGUUUUGUCGGAGUGCUUCCUGCGUGCCCCAACACAACGAAGGGGUUGAAGAAUUGCGGCUAAUAACUCAGCUAGCAUGCUAAUCUGCCCUAUAUUUUUUUGUACAUGUAACUAUAUCGGGUUAUACGCGCUAAACUAACAGUCGCUUUAUUACAUGUACUCUCAAAAAUGCUUUUAAGUUUUGGUCAUGUAUAUUGCAUUACGGAUAUUUUAUUUCGAUAGUUCACUCCUGGAAAGGCUGCUAUAAAGUUGUAAUAGCCAUUAAACUGAGCCCAGUCUUAGGUAUAAAUAGAAAUAAUAUUGUUUUAUACACUUAAACAGCAGGUUUCUCGGCUGCACCGGGUUGUUUGUUAACUUGUGUCUGUCUUUGUUGUCAGGACAUAUGCUAGCUCGUUAGCAGUGUUGGUAGUUGUGUUAAGGGCAGUGUGAACAGGCCUCGCGGCUGUACUGUACUACUAGGAGAGAUGAAAACAAAAGAUUAGCUUGCUCCCUUGCUAGCUCGCUAACCAACAGCGUUUAUUGCUGCCACGGCCAAUUGGCGACUCUUCUUUGAUGAUAUAUCAGCGGCUGAGGCUCAAAGCGCAGAGUUGGUAUGCGGUAAAAUUGUUUUCUCUGCCAAAUUUGCCGUUUGGCAGAACAGCCUGUCUUGCAAUGUCUCCACCAGCCUAAAAUAAUGUUUCAGCAGUUCGCUAACAAUAGGUUAUCAUGUAUGUUUAAGUAAGGUUGAUCGUUACAAUGCAUUUGCAGUAGUUGUUUAUGAGCAAUAAGAUGGACGAUAGAGAAAGGGGAACUUUUUAAAGAGAUGUUCAAGCUGUCUAUAAACCGCUACAAGCAAACUUUUACAAGGUUUCAUAAAUGUUCAUUAAAUUACAGUGUACAUCAAAUCCAAGUGGGUGUUGAUACUUAAACUGCAACCUCUUAGUUUGCGGCCCCUAAAGUCCACUGAAGGGGUACUCAGUGACACUGCAAUGUCAGAGACUCUGAUAACAGGGCAGACAUCGGAGGAUCUGUUGGCUGACUUUGAGACUUUGCUGAACUCCGGGACUAUUGACCUGGGUGGGGACCAUCAGAUAGUGAUCAUCACCAGUCCCAGCAAUGAGGGACUCCACCCGGCCGAGGUCCCCACCAGCACAGGAGAAAUCCUGCUGUUUGCCACGCCACAGGGCCCUAUUGACGUGGGGGUCCAGGACAAGAGACGACCUGCUCUUGGGAGACCUCCGGUAAAGAGAAAGUUGGACCUGGAUAGUGACCAUCAGUAUGUCAGCACCACUCGACCGUCCAUAGGCCAAGCACCACCCUCCACACCUGCCCCUCCCAGAGUUCCUCGAACUACGACGGAGAAGUCACGGUAUGACACUUCCUUGAACCUGACCACCAAGCGCUUUCUGGACCUGUUGUCCCAGUCGGCUGAUGGCGUGGUGGAUCUGAACUGGGCUUCGCAGGUCCUGGAGGUCCAGAAGAGACGCAUCUACGACAUAACCAACGUGCUGGAGGGAAUCCAGCUCAUCUCCAAGAAGUCCAAGAACAACAUCCAAUGGCUUGGUAACCGGGUAGAUGCGGCAUUGGUUACCCGCCAUAAGGAGUUGCAGAGAGAGGUGUGUGACCUCACAGAGGCGGAGGAGCAGCUUGACGAGCUCCUUUCCAAAUGCAACCUACAGCUCAGACUGCUUACAGAAGACCCACAGAACAAGAAGUUGGGCUAUGUGCGCUGCCAGGAUUUAAGAAAUUCAUUUGAUUCCCCGGACCAGCUGGUCAUGGUGAUCCAAGCUCCACCAGAGACCCAGAUGCAAGUUUCAGAACCCAGCCAGGGUUACCAGGUGUCGUUGAAGAGCACGCGGGGUCCAAUUGACGUCUUCCUCUGUCCAGAGGACAGCUCCGGCGUCUGCAGCCCCGUGACAGGAAGUAGUCCCUCUAAACCCAAUGCUGACCCCUCCUUGGUGCUUCCUCCCACAAAACCCACAGACCAAUCACAAGCCACAACAUCCACAACACCCCUGGAAGUGGGUUUAUCAUCGCCAGUGUCCACAUCAUCCACAGUGACAGCAACCUCCCAGCAGGACCCCUCAUCACUGGGGUUAGGUGGGGACACAGAAUCGCUCCUGGGAGGCGACCCAUUCUCCAACCUCGGAGACAUGCCCGAUUUUGACCUCUCACCCCUCUCUUCAGCGGACUUCCUGAGUGGAGAAGGCCUUCCUCUCCCAUUGCAUGGUUUUAUCAAUCUGUCUCCCCCCCAUAGUCAUGACUACCACUUUGGACUGGAGGACCACGAAGGGAUCAGUGAACUGUUUGAUUGUGACUUUGGUGACCUGUCGCAUGUUUUGGGGGACAGUUAGAUGAAGACGAGGAGGGGAGACAAGAAGCAUGUCUGGGAGUCUAGAUUUUCUCUGUUCUCUGGGGCUUCUAAAAGAAGAAUCAACAUUUUGUGGGCAAAAAACUAUUUUAGUGUUUUACUUGUGCAGUGUGGGAUAAUGUUUUGUGUAGUAAUUGCCUGUGAUGGUCAAAUGCCACCCCACUGCAACAUCUCAGUCCCCGAAAUUGUACAGCACAUGAUUAGCACUUCUCUUUGGCCAUUUCAGUUUUAGAUCCAGGCUUUAGCUAUAGUAUAGCUAUUUAAAUUAUUUAUAUGAUUGUUAUUUUGAUAUUUUGUAUGAAGUGCGUUUUUUGUUAUUGAUAAUGUUUUAUCCAGGUGGAUUGUGCAGGUGUUUGUGUGUAGAGUAUGGAUUAUGGGGCUGGUUUCCUUAACACUGAUUAGCUUACAUGCUACUAAUUCAUAAUGCUGGUUUUUAGAGUCCUGUGCAGUUUUUUCUCCAAACUGCUGUGCUGCGUCAAUAAAACCGGCCUUAUGAGGAGUGUAGAUUCAGUGCUGAGCCGUCCAAAAGCGUCUCGAAGCUGCGGCGCAGUUUCACACUUUGAAUAGUCUCUUUUUCUACAAUGGCGGAGGUCAUUAUAAGCACAAAGUAAAGGCUUCUUCAUUAAUAAUUUCUUUUAUCUAAAACACGGGGGUCCUAACAGAAUGGUUUCUCUAAUGUCUCUAUGUCUGACAGUUACACUCUAGGUAUCUUUGCCCCAACCUAAUGACUAGAUUUGUAGAUUUGCACAUGUUUUACAGUCUCCGACAGUGGAGCAACAAGGAUUUGUAGUAAAUAGCCAAUUAGCCAUUUUUAAUUGCCCCGGAAACCCACCGACCAACAGAUGGGCUGUCUUUACAUGGCUGUAAAUAUUGAUGUGAAAAAUGAAAACAAACAAGAACUUAGAUGCUUUUGGCGAGCUUGACUCUCAUCUCUCUUCAAAUAUAUGGUAGGAUAACGGGUUACCAUAAUAUUUUGAAUUUUCAAACUGUUCUUCGAAAGACAUUUCCAAAAGUAGAGACUUCACGGUGUGACCAGUAAUGUGGGUUUGAAGGACAAAUAAGCAGUUCAUAUUUGAAAGGUCCAGAUGGGGUUUGGUGGUGUGCAGGAAACCAGGUGAUGAUAGUCUGCUACAGGUUUGCUAGUGAUAAACAACUAAUACUGAAUAUGUUCUCUAUUAGUUAGCUAGGCGCUUAGCCAUAGUCUCAGGUGUUCGGAGCAGAGGAAAGUCUUAAGUCAAUGUUUUUGAUGCAAACAUAUAUGGGAGUGGAACUGUUUUUGAUGCAUUUUGUGGGUCUUGUGUAGGUGGGUUAUAGGUAUUUACAGGUUUAGAAAGUUCUUGAAGAGAGUACAUGCUUUCUGUUUUUUGUUUUUAGCCAAUAGUCCAAGUGAGAAAAGAUGCACGUAGACUAUCGCUCCCAAAACCACCCGACUGUUAUUGUCAUGCAGAGACGCUCCAAGCAGGUCCAAAGCCCUGACUCACAGUUAAAGAAGUUCAAUAGAUCCUCACGGACCAUACACUCUUAAUUGCAUGUUUUUAAAAGCAUUCAGUGUUGUUGUUUUUUAAAGGUGCUUCUUUUCUUUUAGAAGUCAAAUCGGUGUGGAGCAGUGAUGAAGAAAGGUUUUAAGUGGAAGUGACGAAUGCUUUGAUAGGAAUUCAAAACAGCGACAUGCUGUUGUUGUUCAUUAUAUGCACUUCAGAUCGGUUGAGAAAGUUAAUGUUCAUGCCUUAAAUCAAUGACCUCUACCAGGUAAAGGGAGGGACUUGGGAUAUCUUAUCUCAGCCCCAAAAAGAUCAAUUCCUUCUUGUUUUUCUACGAUUGUCAGAUCAGGCUCUUCACGUUCUACAAACGUACAUGCCUCGGUCCUUUGGGAACUACUAUUGAUUUUCAGUUUAAAUAAGCAGCAAUAACAGACGUUUUUACAUCAUGCACUUAGAGUAUGAGAUGAAAAACUGUCCUGCUACGUGUCCUGUCUUGUCUCAGUUAGCAAUGUCUGCGUCAAACUUUUUUUCUUUUACUAAGUUAUGUAAGCUAAAGUAUUGGAUGUUAGUGUGUGUGUGUGUGUGUGUGUGUGUGUGGGGGGGGGGUUGCAUGUGUGUUGAAAAUACAAAUUGUUUUGUUGAAUUUCAUAUUUAUUUAAGAAAAAAAGGGGUUCAAUGGAAAAGAAAUGGUACAUUUGUCAGUAAUUUCAUGGCAGUGACUUUAUACCUAGUCCAUUACCAAAGAGGUUGUGAUAAUAAUAAUAAUGAUAAGAGGCAAAACUCACGUUUUUGGAGUGUCGCCUCUUACUAUUAUAACCUCUUUGCUUUUACUUGGUAAAUCCAAGCAAAUAAUUUGUUGAUAAAUGUGUCCUUAAGUGGUGAAAAGAAGUGUUUUAUUUGUAAAUGAGCUUGUUGUCGGUAGCACAUUUAUAUUUAGAGAUUUUUCUAUUUUUAUUUCCCUUAUAGAGAAUUUAUUUACCCCGUUUUACCUUAAAAUUCAGGAAUACAUUUAUUUGUCAUUUUGACUGAUCCGACUAAUGUGUGUAAUUCUUCAUACCUUCUUUUAGUCACGGCCUUCUCGGCCAUAUCAGUUAAGAUGACGGAUGUCUCCGUGUCGCAGGCAGCCUAGCUAAUCUAAGGUUGUACGUGUCUUGUAGUGUGAACUUUUGGGUGCCUCAAUCUGUCAUGUGAGUGUGUGAAAACCUUAUAACUAUAGCAUUCUUUUAUUUCCUUUAUCUUCAGGUCUGUGGAAACCAUGACAUUGCAUAAUUUCAACAGCUUCUGAACAAUUUUCAACUGACAGCGGUGUUACAAAUGUAAAUGGCUCAUUUUUUUAUAUAAUUUUUUUUUUUUUAGUCUUUCUCCGCAUUUAUCUUCCAAACUGAGCGACAUUGGUGUUGAAUGUCGGCGGUUCAUGUUGUGAACCUGUCAUAUGUCUCUCCGUGUUUUUGUUCUCCGCAGGACAAAUGCAGUGCCUUGUUAAGGUAGAAUCUUAAUUAUGAAUUCAAUUUCAAAUCCGGAUUUUGUUUUAUGUGCAGCCAUGGUGAAGGAAUGCAAAGUUUUGAGGUGUUUUGUGCGGUCUUUGUGGUGUUAUGUUUGAAAAGGUUUAAGUGAAGAUAAGCACCAGGGUUGAAAUCAAAUCUCCUUCAGUUCAAUUUAUUCAUUUUUUAACUCAUAAGAAAACUAUAUAAGAUUGAGAAUUGUUAGAAUCAAUGCACAAAUUAAUUACAUUUUAUACAAAGAUGACUUCUCAUGUGUUGAAGUCACUGUGGGGUACACAAAAAGUGCAUUCUGCUACAGGACAGGGGUUUAACACACCUUAAGUGAACUGACUUCAACCCUGAUCCAGUUGCUGUUCAAAGUGCUUUUAAGAGAAACUCUAGCUUAUCUGGCAACUUAACAAUCAGUUUUCUACAAAAACAUGUUUGUCUCUACAUACUGGGUAAAACAAAUACAGAUUUGUACUUGUGAAUUAUUAAUGGACCCCAAAUAUGCCCUUUUGUAUCAAAUUUUCUUUGACAAAAAUAAAAAAAUACAUAUUUUGGUUUGA